GGCAGUCGCGUAGCUGCCCCAUCGCCCACCUCCUCCACCAUGGCCCAUGGCGCUGUUCGCAAGAGCAACCUACCGCGUACAGCCGACAAGCGCACCUUCACGGCGCUGCCGGGGACCCACAUGUGGUCCGUCCGCCGUCCGCCUAUCGACGUGCGCACCCUUGCGCAACCCGCCCCACCGCCCGUGCCCGCCGCACGCCCGCCUGUCGAGGACGAGCAUAUCGAUGCGGAGGGGCUGCGGAAGGCAAAGCCCCGUCGCGGCAAAGCCAAGGUCGACACCGCGAAAGCAUACGAGGAGUUCUUUGGCCACGACGAUAACGCCGUCAUCCUCCGCGAGAUCGACAACGGCAGCUUCGACCUCCACUAUCUCGCGGCGAGCACCCUUUCCAACUACGACUACAUUGAGCGCGUCUGGCUGGAGGCCAUGACCGUCAUCCUCAAGUCCGAGAAGCUUGCUGCGCUGACCCUGCAAGAGGGUCAGGCGCUGCCGGAGGAGGGCACGAUGAAGACGUUCUUCGAGUUCGUCGGCAGGACUCGCGGCCCUGAUGGUCGUGGGCUCUCGUACAACACCAUGGUCAAGUUCCAGGGCGCAGUCUUCGGCAUGCUCUAUUCGCGCGGCGUCGCAUCCCCUACGCCUGCCUAUCGCGAGGCUAUCAAGAACUUUAUCGACGCCUUGGCCAAGGUCAAAGGCGUCAUCGAGGAUCGCGCCCGCGAGAAGCUCCUCAUGCGCGAAGUCGAUCUCCUCAAGAUGCUCAAGGCGCUCCUCGAUCCCGGGCUCAGCUACGACUCGAACAAGACCCGUGUCACCAUGUACUUCCUCACGACGAUCAUGUCCGAGCUCGGCACGCGCAUCGGCACCUGGACGGAGGCUGAGAACGCGCAGGGGCUCGCGCAGUGCGUGCGAUGGGGCGACACUACCGUCUAUAUCGAAGGUACCGACUCCUGGGGCCUCAACGUCUCCGUCUUCUUCCGUCUGCACUGGCUCAAGGGCUACAAGGGCACCUCCCUGCGCAUCUCCGACAAGAGCAUUCGUGUGCUGCCAGGCUCCGAGGCGCACAUGGACCCCAUCCUCCCUUUCCUCGUCAUCGGCUGCUACUACGACGUCUGGGAACAGUCCAACGAAGUCAUCGGAUGGAUCUCCGGCGCGGUCGCUCCACCUGCAUCGAGGGUUGAGCUCGUCGUUCGCGACAAGUUCAAGCACACGGGCGUCGUCCGUGCCUCCAAGCAGCCGUCGGAGGAGAAGCUCGCGGCUGCGAACACGGAUAAUCAGCCCGAGAUGUAUGUCGGGAAGAAUCGCAAGCCGCAGGAGUGGAAGACGAUGAGCUCCACGUCCGCCAACCACUUUGUCCAGAAGAUUGCAGUGUUCUGCGGCAUCCUCGCGUUCAUGUGGAAGUUCAUGCGGUACACGUUUGGCGAGAACUUGAAGCGUACCGUGUCCCCCGACAUUGUUACUGCUGCAAUGGGUCACCGUAUCAACUCGCCGCUGACGUGGACCACGUAUAAGGCUCAGAUCGCUCAGGUCGACUUUCAGGCCCGCUUUCGCGGACGUGCGGAGGACACGAGCACGAUAGAGUUUUACAACUCUGUCGGGCGGACUGCUGGUCCUGUCUCCGCGGACAGCCUGCACGAAGAUCGCGUCCGCCGUCUCUUUGCGGAUGCGAAGGUCGAAGAGCUCGCUCGCACGUUCGACAAGCUUGACCACGCUGUCUACGAGAAGUACGGCAAGUGGGUGGACGAGGUGCCGGAUAUGGAGAAGCCGGACGAGCUCGUGGAGGAGGCGCGGGACGCCAUGAACGAUAUUUUGAUAGCGCUCAGGGACCUCAACAAUAAGAUUCUUCCCCCUGCAGCCUCUACUGCACCGGAACCUGUCGACGGCGCUCCGCGGAGCGCUACGCUCGCGCGAUUCGUACACUCCCUCGACGCUGGUCACCCGUACCUCUCGCUCGUCACUGGCGAGAACGCUCUGCACGCGCGCGCCAACGUCUUCAAGGCUCUGAUGCACCUCCUGCGUCUGGACGAACAGGCGCUCCAGCGUCAAUGCUUCUUGUGCGCGCGCGAGGGCAUUCACAAGGACCUGCUCGGUAACUAUGGGCAGCACAUGUGGACGUGCAUGCAGCGGCACUACAAGGACACGCACACCAGGUGUAACUUUUGCGCCGGCUUCUUCAGCAACGGCGUUGAGCUCGACAAGCACUGUCGCAUCUGCUAUGCCGACAUGAUUGCGGCCAAGAACCUCGACAUCCAGGACGCCGAGGAUGCGGGACGACCCCUCGGCAUAGACUCGUACAAGCACCAGUUCGAGACCGAGUACAAGAAUCGGACGGUGUACUACUGCCCCGUCUGCAUCAACGACUUUGACGAGGAGGAUCCGAAUGCAUGCGGCGUGAAUGACCCGGGCAAGAAGGAGAUGCUCCGCCACAUGCUCUCCCACUGCAAGACGACGACUGCGCCCAAGUUCGACUCCUCCGUCUCGCUGCGUUGUAAGAUGUGGACGUGCCGCGAGAAUGCGACCAUGUACGACUUUGCCGACAUGAUCGCCCACUGGCACAACACGCACGGGUAUGACCUCCUUCGCUGCGUGGACGCGCGCCCGGGGCACGAUCACGCGCAAGACACGUCGCUCUCGCUGAGGGAGUCCAUCAACCUUAGCAGCAAGGUCCCGGUCGCCAAGGACAAGAUCGUGCUGUACGAGGAAGACGUAUCGCUGUUGCGCGCGGCGCUGGUGGGCAAGGUCCAAGGCGAGGCGGCGGAUGUCGCGUACGUGUGUCUCCAGACAGAUUGUCGCAAGGCGGACGCGCGCAAACGUACAAGGCUUCUUAUUGAGAAAGUGUAAAGCUAGUUUAGUUAUUCGUCCAAUCCAAGGUUCCAAUUCGAUGCAAAAUGUGGUAUCCAAGUCCAAAGCGGGUAUGAGAGCGUGAUAUAACGACAAAGUAUCCAAGUCCGAACCGAGCGACGAGAGCGAUAC